AUGGAUCAAUGGGUUAAGGGUGGCUUGCCUCCAAUUAGACCUCCAUUUCGUAAGCGUCAACCAGGAAGACCCAAGAUAUUGAGGACAAAGGAGGCUGCUGAGGUUCAAGUACCAGCCCCAAACCCACCAAACCCUUUGCCUCCAGAUGUGGGGCAUGUGGUAAAGAAGGCCACAAUCGAAGAGGAUGUAGAAGAUAGGCUAAGGCAGCCCAAAAUGAGAAAGUUGGCCAAAAUGAAGUUCAAGCAGCUGACAAUGGGAAUGUAG